GAAGUUCAGCGCCGACGUCGCCGCCGAGAGGACCCCGCCGUUCGCGCCGCCGAAGCAGAAGGUUACCAUCGCCGCCGCCAAGGCGACACAGGAGUGAGUGUCGCCGAAGCAGAGGCACCUGAAACACUUAAAGAGCGGCGCUCAAAUUUGAAUUUUUUAAACUUAUUUCAAGCGGCAGCUAGUGACAUCUGGCGUCCCAAGUUGGCCAAAAUGGCCAGAAACAUACAAACUGAUAAGUGGGGAGAAGAGCAAAAGAAAGGUAUCACUUUAAUCGUUUUGAUAGGCAGGCUAUUGCUAUCAGCACCACCUCAGCUGAGAGGAACCAAUAGGAUGAUGAAUGUAAACAUGGCAUGAUUAAUUUGGCCUCCUAGUUAGCUCGGACAGUUGGGUAACUGCCCUGGAAAAGCAUUGGUUCUGGUUUCAAUUAAGUAUAAACACCAUGCGAGCGAUCAUGCACGCAAUCGUGACAAGCAAUGCGAUGGAGAUGGCUGUCGCCUGCAAGUCGUACCCCAUGCAAGCGACGAUUUUGAGUGACGUCUCCCUGGUGUUGCCAGUGUGAGUGCAGCAAUAUACGCACCAAAACUAGCAUGACGCGUGCUUUAGUAAUUUAAGUUGAUGUAUUUUACUGUAAAAAGCACUAUAAAAUAUUGAUGAGGGUCUUGCAGUAGGUUCUUAUCCUUGCACAUAUAAAAAUUUAAUCGUUUGCUCCGUUUGUGCGACAAUCGGUAGUAUUUUAGUGAUGUACAUCCAGUUCCGGCUUCACGCUAUUGGCUAUUCACUCAUAGCACUUCUGGCCUACGAGUGACAACUUCUAGAUUUCUAGAACCGAGCGAUCGAGCAACAAGACCAAGCGACCUGUUCAAGCGACGGCCUGUCUUGUCGCUUGAAUCUGUUGCUUGUCGCCAUCGCGCACAAAAUUGCUCUCAUGGGGUUUAGCCUUUACGAGACAAGGAUGGUUGUUUUUCACUGCUAGGAAGCCUUCUUGAGAAACCUCUAAAGCCAGUCUUCAUUUCUAACUUUGUCCUCCCUUGGGUGAAUGAAAAUUUUCGCUUUCAUGGCCCUCCACUUUGUGGAUUUCCUCUGAACUGAUUGCCAUAUUUAGUGUCCCUGUGUUUCAGCCACGGUGUUAGAGUAGGUUAGGUGAGGGAAUAGCGUGGGCGCGCCGCUACGCAGAAAGGACGUCGGAGCAUUCUGCUUACAUGGUGGUCAACAGAGGCCGCUACUGACUGUUCCCCAGGUCUCCCGCCUUCACGCCAUUCGAUUGUUUUUGUCUGCUUCGGCUUGUUCCUGCUUUCAUGUGCGCGUUCAGUCAGAUUUAAAUCUAACUCUCGGAUCGACUUAUUCUCUGCAGCAGUGCGAUGGUGAAGUGCUUUGUGCCAUAUUGUAGAAGCGGCUACAAAUCGUGUAAGGAGAAAAACUCUCUUUUCAAGCCACCCCAGGAUGACGCAAGGCUCGAAGCGUGGCGGCGAGCAAUACCACGCAAGGACCGUGUACUACAAAGAACAGAUCGUGUUUGCGAAAGGCAUUUUGCUCCCCACUUCAUCUUGAAGACGUGGUCAGCGGAAGUUGAUGGCCACGUGUUAAUGUCCGGCAAGAGAAGAGCGGGCCUUACAAAAGACGCCAUUCCAUCUAUCUUCGAAGGGGCGUCGAGCUACAUUUCAAAACAGAGCAAGAGCCCACGCAAGACAGCGAAGCGAUUAUCUGGUCGCGCAGCUUCUUCAGCCUCUCAACAGAGCAGCAGCAUAGUUGGAUCAAGACUGCUCGCCGACAUGACUCAACCUGUGGCCUCUUCCGAUGAAAGCGACUGCGUUGCGAAGUCCUGCGAGGCCUCGCCGUUUGAAACACUCAACGAAGUGGGCAGCAUUUGCUUACCUCAGCAUUCAUGGGCAGCACAUCGCACCGACAUUGAAGAGGAGAGAAAAAAGGAACCUGCCUCAUGCUGCACUCAUGGGAAGUCAACAAAACCUGUGCAGACUGAAGCCUCAUGGCUGUUCAGCAGCAGUGUGGAUGUUGCAGUUGAGACACCAAGAAUCAUCGACGUGUCCAAAUCAACCCAGACGUCACCUGUUGCUGUCAAGGUGCACAUGUGGACAGAAACCACAGAUCUCGUUGAAUCCAAGGACAGUGACACUCAUUUGCCUGAGCUUCUUGCAAUGUGACGGCACAUGUGUGGAUUGCUCCACUAGCUGUGCAACUGUUCGAAAGCUGUACCAUGGAUCAUGCAUUGUGCGCUGGUGCACCAAAACAAGCCCACGAAGAUUAUUUCGUGUUCCUAAAGACAACAGAAUGGAAGCUUUCCUAAAGUAUGCUGAAAGGCCACAGCUGAUAGGGUUGCCCAAGGAAGUAGUACAUUAUUACAGAGUCUGCUCGCCGCACUUCACAGAAUUGGACUACAAGGACAUGGCAAAAACCAAACUUAGAUGGUUGGCAGUGUUAUCCAUAAAGGCUCCAGAUGAGUCGAAAGGUGACGCUGCCAGCCCUAGGCACCUGCGGGAGCUGCCACCUCAGCCAGGGCCAUCUGGGCUAUGAAGAGAUCCCAUCAAGUCGACCUGCUGCUUUGGUGAGGCCACUACGCAGUCGAUACAUGUGGAGCUCCUUCACGAGUGGAUCUCCAGGGAGAUGCAGUCGGAGAACGUGGCAUUUAACUGCACGGCCACUCAGUUCACUCAGCAGCAGCCAGCAACUGCUGCCACUCAGUUCACAACAAGCAGUUCAGCCAGCAACUGCAGCCAGAAAGAGGGAUGAUUCUAGUCCCUGUGAGUUUGAUGGGAGCCAACCUUGAAGUGGUGCCACAGUGUCUCGCAGCUGAUGAUUCCUUCUGCCAGAGGCAACUGCCCAGCGCAAGUGGGAACCAGUUCCAUUCUUUGUGAAGAGGCAAGCACUCCCAUUGCCGCAGCGAAGUGAACGGGUGUUGCAUACGCCUGUGCAUUUUGUUUGCAAGAAUUUCAGGAGAUAAGAUCCCUCGCCGCCAACGUGGAGAAGUGGCCGUGCUCGCAGCCAUAUCAGUGUCACUUGUGCUCUAACUAUUCAGACUGGAGCACGACGCAGGCCCAUCUCAGGGAAUCGGGAGCGAGGUGACCUUUUCGCGAGCACACGAUUGGCACAAGGACCCGGGUGACGAUGCGACACAUAAAGUGGCACCUGACUGUGAAAGAGUUCACGUGCAACGUCUUCCAUUCAUCCUUCACAGACAAGUACGAUCUUCUCAUGCACAUUCUACGGCGCUACCUGGUGCAAAAUUUAUACAAGUCAGGCUAGUGUCCGAAGUCGUGCAUUGUAAGAAAAGCCCGUGAAUUCAUGUUCAUCGACUCACUGGUGAGCAGCUUGGCUAGCUUUGAGGGUAAGUCGACAUUCCAGCGGCACACAUGGUAUCAUGACUGCUGAGAAACAGCAGUGUACAAAUGUGCUGAGGGCUCACUUGAGUUUGUAAAUAAAUGGAGCCAAUCUAACCGGGUCUUCAUUACUUUCAGAUUCAAGCUUUUCGUUUCACACGCGUUUGUGCAAACUCGAAAAUCUUUUACUGAGCAGAGGUUCAACUUGAUCGCUGACCUUUUGCACUCUGAUCCCUUUGUGAGCAAACUGCCCAAAUUUGGUUUGUGUUGUCUUCAGUUAACUGUAAAUCAGCAUUUUAUGGUGUUGCUCUGUGAAGUAGCACCAUGUAUGUGCCCGUCUAGUAUGGUAUAGCAGCUGUGCAUUGUUGGCACUGUGCAACAAGGUUUGCAUCCAUUGUAGUUGCAGUAAUUUUCUAAUUAUCACUUGUGGGGGAGUCGGACGCUGAUUUCCCAGGGGGCUGUUCUCAGUCUCACUGUGCUGUUGUUCCUGUUCUAUGCCAUGCAAUCUCACUGGGGCUGUCCACUCUGGCACACUUGACGCCAUCUCCCUACACACUGUAGUUGCGUAUUUAAGACCUGCACCAUCUUCUAAAAUAUUGACACAGGUCUUCAACAAGCGAGGCAUAUGGCAUUCUGAUAUCACUAUGCCAGGAGUCCUUGGGUUGUAAAACCACUGACUACUUCAUUUAGAAAUAUGUAAUUAAUAUUGCGUACCAAUAUUGUUGUUACUGAUAUUCGUUUCUUUUGAUACAUGCGUUGGCGCAAGUGUCCGUGUAUGACAAUCUUGCUUUGCAUUGUUUUGUACGUUUGUUAUCUUUGAGUCUUUUCAGCGUUAACUGCUAUUCUGUUACACAUUCUCCUAUUUCACUUGGGAUUGGUUUGCUUUGUAUUUUUAUACAUGUUUUCCUACUGCUACCAAAUUAUUUGCCCUGUCCCCCACAGUGUCCUUGUGCCAGCUCCCAUCCAACCACAGAGCCCUAACAGUCUCUGUAGUACUGCUGUGUUUUGUACUCCACAGACCAUUCUACAUGAGCAAUGAGAGUAGUGCCAUUGUUGAAGUCUCGCUUCGUGUUUUUCACAGUGCAGUUGUUUAGGAUCUGCGACACUUUCUAUGAAGUAUCUACUUCGUAUAUUACAAAUACAACUUGUAGUCUUGAGGUUACGUCAAGUCACAGAUUUGUGCACUUUUGUGCUUCCAGUAGCCAAGGCACUAUGUUGUGGUUGCAAGCACGGGCUAUGCACUAUGGCUACUGGUCACAGAAAUGUCACUUCACUUAUUUGGUGGUACUGUUGAUGCCUUCCAUGUUAUAAUUGUGAUAUUUUGCUGCAUGAGAUAGGUGACUUAAUGCUCCAUUAAAUUACAUGAUGCAUGCCUACAUUUUUCUUUCA